UGCUUCUCUCUCUCUACACUCUGGUAAGUUCAAAGUGUAUUUGAAGUAGCAUAUGCCUUCUACACACACGGAGACAAUAUGAUAAUGCUAUUAUCAUAAUUUCAUCCAGAUCAAUCGAAGAGAAGAAGAAGAAGUGAAGAAUAGAGAAGAAACUAAUAUGGCGAAGACAAAACCAGGCAAGAAGGACCUCGAUUCUUACGGUAUCAAAGGCACCAACAAAAUUGUCAGACCUGGAGAUUGUGUGUUGAUGAGACCAUCAGACUUGGACAAGCCUCCUUAUGUUGCGAGAGUGGAGAAGAUCGAGGCUGAUCACCGGAACAAUAUUAAAGUACAGGUUCGGUGGUACUACCGCCCCGAGGAGUCUGUUGGGGGUCGCAGGCAGUUUCAUGGUGCCAAGGAACUCUUCUUGUCUGACCAUCAUGAUAUGCAAAGUGCUCACACCAUUGAAGGCAAGUGCAUUGUGCACAGUUUCAAGAACUACACCAAGCUCGAGAACGUGGGGGCUGAGGAUUACUUUUGUAGAUUUGAGUACAAGGCAGCUACUGGAGGGUUCACUCCAGACCGCGUUGCUGUGUAUUGCAAGUGUGAGAUGCCUUAUAAUCCAGAUGAUCUCAUGGUGCAGUGUGAAGGGUGUAAGGACUGGUUUCAUCCUUCUUGCAUGGGUAUGACCAUUGAAGAAGCAAAGAAGUUGGAGCAUUUCUUGUGUUCUGACUGUUCAUCCGAAGAUGAUUCCAGGAGGUCUUUGAACUCAUUCCCUGUAUCACCAGCUGUUGGCAAGGAGCUGAUGGAAGAUUUCUGACUUUUUCCAUGGGGAUUCAAGUGGAGCCGAAGCGCAGAAAGAGAUGACAGAUAGAUCUCCACACAUUAUAGGCGUACCCAGUUUCUUUCAUAUUGGCUACCGUAUUGCUGUUGUGAGGUGGAAAU